GCGCCGGGCCCUGCUUCCGCUUUCCGCUGCGGCGCGCGCUCCGCUUUCAGCCGACUCGGGAUCAUGGCGGCCACGGCCACGAUGGCGACUUCGGGCUCGGCGCGGAAGCGACUCCUCAAAGAGGAAGACAUGACCAAAGUGGAAUUCGAGACCAGCGAGGAGGUGGACGUGACGCCCACGUUCGACACCAUGGGCCUGCGGGAGGACCUACUGCGCGGCAUCUACGCCUACGGUUUUGAGAAACCGUCAGCCAUACAGCAGCGAGCCAUCAAGCAGAUCAUUAAAGGGAGAGACGUCAUUGCUCAAUCGCAGUCUGGCACGGGCAAAACUGCCACCUUCAGCAUUUCUGUCCUCCAGUGUUUGGAUAUCCAGGUUCGUGAAACCCAGGCUUUGAUCUUGGCUCCGACAAGAGAGUUAGCCGUGCAGAUCCAGAAGGGCCUGCUCGCUCUGGGGGACUACAUGAACGUCCAGUGCCAUGCCUGCAUCGGGGGCACCAACGUGGGGGAGGACAUCAGGAAGCUGGACUAUGGGCAGCACGUUGUGGCUGGCACACCCGGGCGUGUCUUUGACAUGAUCCGGCGCAGGAGUUUGAGGACACGUGCCAUCAAGAUGCUGGUGUUGGAUGAGGCAGAUGAGAUGUUGAAUAAAGGUUUCAAAGAGCAGAUUUACGACGUGUACAGGUACCUGCCCCCAGCCACGCAGGUGGUGCUCAUCAGCGCCACGCUGCCUCACGAAAUCCUGGAGAUGACCAACAAGUUCAUGACGGACCCCAUCCGCAUCCUGGUGAAGCGUGAUGAAUUGACUCUAGAAGGCAUCAAGCAGUUCUUUGUGGCGGUGGAGAGGGAAGAGUGGAAAUUUGACACACUGUGUGACCUCUAUGACACGCUGACCAUCACUCAGGCGGUCAUCUUCUGUAACACCAAAAGGAAGGUCGACUGGCUGACAGAGAAGAUGAGAGAAGCCAACUUCACGGUCUCGUCCAUGCACGGGGACAUGCCGCAGAAGGAGCGCGAGUCCAUCAUGAAGGAGUUCCGGUCCGGCGCCAGCCGGGUGCUCAUCUCCACAGACGUGUGGGCCAGGGGGCUGGAUGUCCCGCAGGUGUCCCUCAUCAUUAACUACGACCUGCCCAAUAACAGAGAGUUGUACAUACACAGAAUCGGGCGGUCAGGCCGCUACGGCCGCAAGGGGGUGGCCAUCAACUUUGUGAAGAAUGACGACAUCCGCAUCCUGAGGGACAUUGAGCAGUACUACUCCACCCAGAUCGACGAGAUGCCCAUGAACGUGGCUGAUCUGAUCUGAGGAGCCCGCUGUGCCGAUGAGCCGGCGACCGUCCGCCUGCCCUGCGCUCCAGCUGGGAAGCACUCGGAGGCUGGGUGACGGGGUUUGUGUGAGCUCUCCGACAGCCCCCGGCACGAGCCCUUGGUGUUCUUUUCUUAUCCACAUGUAAAUAAUGCAGUGCCCUGGAGUUUUUUCAUUAAACGUUUAGAACUUUUAUCAUAAACUCUAA